AUGGCGGAUGAACCCCGUCGCUCCGGGCGAGCCACCAAAGGCCAACACAAGAACCUCGAACUACCCGAUGCACCCACGAAGAAAGGCAAGAGCAAAAGCCCGAAAGAUCCGAAAGACAAAUCAAGCAAGGCAUCCGCCGAGCCCACACCAGGUCCUAGCGAUGGAGAAGAGGAGGAAAUCAUUCGUUGUAUUUGCGGCGAAUAUGAGGAGGAAGAGGACGUUGAACGCGAUAUGAUCUGUUGCGAUCAAUGCUCUGCCUGGCAGCACAACGACUGCAUGGGUCUGACCUUUGCCAAGGGUCAAGAACCGGACCAUUACUACUGUGAGCAAUGCAAGCCCGAAAAUCACAAGGUUCUUCUGGAAAAGAUUGCCAGGGGCGAGAAGCCUUGGGAAGAAGUUGCCGAGAAGCGUCGUCGUGAGGCCGAAGAAAAGAAAGCGAAGCGAAAGAAGGGUAAAAAGGGCGGCAGGAAGAGCCAAGGAAAGGCUGAGAGUAGUACUCCGGCUCGAGCAGGAACAUCUGCCACCCCCGGUCCAGGCCCAGCAGCAGCUAUCGACGCAUCUGCAUCCGCUGAGCCUGAAAACAAUAGCCAUUUCAUUGAUUCCCGACGAUCAAGCACUACAAAGCGCAAGCUUGAGGACAGUGUUGAGACCGAAUCUGUAUGUGUCAAUGGCCCGCCGCCUGCUACUAGUACCAGAAUGCUAACAUAUCGCUGUCUACAGGGCCCUCAAGUCAAGCAACAGCGAGUCACCCCUCAAGCUACAUCUCUUGCGGCUCAGAAUGUUAAAGCAGAGUCACCUAUGGAAACGCUGCCCGAGGUUUCGGUUGAUACUCUUCAGAACUCCGCUCGUAAGAGUGCGGCUACGGCACUUGUCAAGCUAUUUGUAGACCAGAUCAAAUUGGCUCAAAAGCAAGGCUCGACAACGUCGCUGAAGAUUCAGUCGGUCGAAAGUGUUGCGCAUCGACUUGGCUCAGCUAUCGAGGAUGCUAUGUACCGCAGCUUUUGCGGCGAUGCGGGCGAACCUUCGGAACCAUACAAGCUGCAGCUGCGGACGAUUCUCUUCAACGUCAAGAAGAAUCCUUCUCUAAGGGACCGCCUGCUUUCAGGGAAUCUGUCUCCAGAAUCUUUGGCUCAGAUGAAAGCCGAGGACAUGGCCAGCGAAGAGCUGCAGCAGAAGGAUGCAGAAAUCAAGAGGGAAGCCGAGCGUCAACAUAUCAUUGUUCAAGAGGAAGGACCUCGGAUUCGACGGACACACAAGGGAGAGGAGCUUGUGGAGGAUGAAACCCACAAUGCCGCAACGGAGUCUGUUUUCUCUGCAGGUCCACGCCGGGCCAUGGAUGCUGAUCCAACCCGGGACGAUCACAGUCCUCUGACUCCAAGGGGUAAUGGGUCGCAAAAUGAUCACGGCCGUGGGCAGUCGCCAUCUGGUGUGCAUCAUGACCAUGUCUUCCCGGAAGUCACAGCAAACAUUGAUGAACCUGUGCCCCACGGACGCAAGGUUCAGGCUGACGCUGAGAUUGACCAGCUGCUCCGCGACGAAGAGCCUGAAUCUCCACCUUACUCGCCCAAAGACUUCGGUGACGACGCCAUCGUCUGGCGCGGUAAGGUGGCAAUGAUUCCGGUCUCGGAGUUUUCUUCCACCGCUAAGCACGUCGGAGGUGCAGAGUUGAGUGGGCGGAUUCCAUGGUCGCAGCUGGCGCCCUCAAGUCUGAUGGUUGACGGUCGUAUCGACAUUCAGCUUGCCAGCAGCUACCUUUGUGGUCUACGCUUUAGUUCCUCUACAGACGUCUCUGUCAUUGCCAUCAGCUAUCCGGAGUUGCCAGCAGAUCGUGCAGGUUUUGAUAAGCUUUUUGAUUACUUCCAAAAUCGAUCACGCUAUGGUGUCAUUGGCAAACAUCCCUUACCGGCAGUGAAGGAUACCUACAUCAUUCCUAUCGAAGCUGGCACCACGACCAAGCCCGAGUUCAUUGAGUUGCUAGAGAACAACAAACUUGAGGACAGUAUCAGUGAACGAAUGCUUCUGGUUGUUUUUGUUGUCAAGACGGGUGAAUCGAAUUCGUCGUCUUUACCGCCCCCUUCCCAUCGUCCCAGCCAGGAAUCUGCUGUCUCUGCAAGUCCAAUGCCUGCUGCUUCUCUACCUCAGCAGCAAUCAUCGACUACCCCCGCACACGAUUCAACACUCCAGCCCACAAUGCCACAGCCCAGUCCCCCAGUUGGAGGUGUCUCAAGCUCGGCCCCAUACGCCCAACCAACUGCUACACAAACAGGCCCUGGGUAUCAGCCUCAAUCUCAAGAUCAGGCAGGUCUAAAAGGAAUCGCCGCAGCUAUUCAAGUUCUCGGAGCGCAAGUCAACUCACCUGCUAUUCAACAGCUCUUGAAAACGGCACCUAACGUGGACGUUGCACAGCUGAACGUCGUUCGUGAUAUUCUAGCCCAACAGCCCGCUGCGGCUGCCAGCUAUGAUGCCCUCAUGCAGGCAUUGUUUGAAACGCAGGCGAACGGCCGCAUUCCUUCUUGA